CGGCGACUGGUAUAAAACGGCGGAAAGUCUUGACUGAGUCAUUGGAAAAGGUCCCAAGCUGAGUCACAUUGGAGUCGUAAGGCUAUAGAGCGAAGGCGAGCAUAGACGUUGAGUAUGAAGUAUCCUAUUGGGGAUGUCAUCUGGUCUGCUGUCAAGCCCAUCAUCAAGAUCUACCUCAUUCUGCUGACUGGGUUCUUGCUGGCGAAGAAGAACAUUCUCACGGUGGAAACCACGAGAAGCUUGUCAGAUAUGGUGCUGACGGUGUUUCUACCGUGCUUGACUUUCAACAAGGUUGUUGCUAAUAUCCAGGGAAGCGAUAUCAAGGACGUUGGUGUGAUCUGUCUCUCUGCAGUGAUCAUCUUUGGAACAGGUGCUCUGUGCUCUGCAAUAGUCAAGGCAGUGUCGCCCGUACCGAAGCGUUGGACUGGUGGUUUGUUUGCUGGUGGUAUCUUCCCGAAUAUAUCUGAUAUCCCGAUUGCUUACUUGCAAACAAUGGAUUCUGGCUUUUUGUUGACCGAAGCACAAGGUGAGAAGGGAGUAUCGCAUGUGAUCAUCUUCUUAGCGAUGUUUACACUGUGUCUGUUCAACAUUGGUGGAUUCAGACUGAUUGAGUACGAUUUUAGAAAGGUGGACGAUGAAGAACAACUGAAAAGGCAAAUAAGCAAUCCAAUAAACCCUGUGCCCUUGGAUAAAGUCCAAACUCAGGGAUCAAUGCAAAGCACAAAUAAUCUUGAUACAGUACUGGAAGAAGCAGACGAAGAUGAGACGCCAAAGGAGGAGCUCCCAGGCGAUGAGACUAAUACACCACCACUAUCAGAAUAUGAUCAGAGUGAUUCUUCAACAGAGGAUUCUGAACUGGCACAAGAAGACCAAAUGCCAGUCCCAUUGACAGAGGAUAUGAUGAGAAGACGUCGUAAUUCAACGUCAUCGCGUCGUUCCGACCUUUCACAGCUGACAGCAUCAAGUACAGCCUCUUCGUUGAGAUCAUUCCAUCGUGUUUCAGAUCUUCGUCGUAUGCCAUCACAAACUAUCAACGACGUUGUUGAUGAGUACUCAGAAGCUGACGUUGAUAGACAGGAUGAGACUCAGAGACAACGUCUUGUUAGAGUCUUAACUUCAGAAGUGGGUGUGAAGGCCUCUGACAUUAAAGACUCGAGUCCAUCGUUCUUAAAGAAGUACCACCUAUCAAUUGUUUCAUUUUUCCUCCAAAAUUGUCUGCGUCCAUGCAGUUUAGCCAUUAUUAUAAGUCUUAUAGUGGCUUUUGUUCCCUGGUUAAAGGCACUGUUUGUCAAGACAACGGUCUACAUGCCCAGUGCACCCGAUACACUACCACCUUUGAACUUCAUAAUGGAUUAUACCUCAUAUAUAGGUGCUGCAUCUGUUCCACUGGCUCUGAUAUUGCUUGGUGGAUGUAUUGCAAGAUUGAAGUUUGAUAAUCUUGCACCUGGGUUCUGGAGAAGUGCACUGAUUCUUGUUGUGCUACGUCUCUGCGUCAUGCCAAUACUGGGUGUGCUCUGGGUUAAUCGUUUGGUGUCAUCUGGUUGGAUCUCCAAGGACGACAUCACUCUUAAAUUGGUUAUUUGUAUGUCUUGGGGACUUCCAAGUAUGACAACCCAAAUCUACUUCACAGCAUUCUUAACAGAACCAGAUGCACCAGAUAAAGUUCAGCUGGACUGUACUAGUUUCUAUCUACUGUUGCAGUACCCAUUGUUGGUGAUCUCUCUACCAUUCGUCGUCACAUAUGUCGUUGAAAACAUGUUUUAGUUGCAUCAUUUGUUCAUUUUCACAUUUUAAUACAUCAUACAUCUAAAU